ACUUUUUUCUUCUUCUUAGAUUUGAAAAGUACAUUGCUGGCAAAUAUCUCGGUGAGGUGGUGCGCGUGAUACUUGCGAAGUUGACCAAAGAGGGGCUUUUGUUUGUAGGAGAAUCUACAUCAGUCAGCCUCCUAACACCCGGUAAUCUUACCACCGAUUUGAUAUCGCACAUCGAGCAGGACUCUGUGGAUGGCGGCGUCAGUAAUACGAAGGAGAUCCUUGGGAAAUUCGGGAUCAUUCCGGACGAGGAUGAUAUCAGAAUCGUUCAAUAUGUGUGCGAGGUCGCCUCUAACCGCGCAACUCUUCUAGUGUCGAUAUGUCUUGCGAGUUUGCUAGAUCGUAUCGAUAAGGAACAAGUGACAAUCGCCGUAGAUGGAUCUCUCUACAAGCAUCAUCCUCGAUUAGAAAAUUGGAUGAAGCAGUACAUCUCACUUCUCGCUCCAGGACGAAAGUUCAAAAUAAUCCACGCGGAAGAUGGAAGCGGCAAGGGCGCCGCGCUCGUCUCAGCUAUCGCACAAAGACUCAAGAAGCGGUUACAAUAAUCGCGAAUAAAUUUAAAAAAAUAAACGUCCACCUGUCGUCGCAGUAACUAUUAUCAUGGCGCAACACUACGCGAAUUGCCAAUAGUCAUAGAAAUAUUCUGUCAGCAGGUUCUAAUUCAAUAUUGUGGUAAAUUCCCGUUAUCCACGAAUAUAUUACUCGCAAUAUUUAGAUUGAAUUUUAAUGGAUUGCAUGCGUUUCGAUUAAUAUCAAUUUAGGCAUUGUGAGAUUAUAUCGGGAUAGGUUUGCAUCAACCUUGACGAAACAAAAUGUCAAAAAGAUAGGGAUGUCGAUCGUCUGGCCGACGCGGGAGGCGCGUGCAUUGUUUUAAGGAAAUAAAUGUACGCCUGUGUCAAGUGCGUGGGAGAACGAAUUACCGAGAGAAUAAUACGAAGAAUGAUAUUAUUUAUUAAGUGAAACUGCAAUGGGAACGUAUGCGUCUGAGAGGUGAAAAGUUGUUGCGUAUUGUAAACGUUUGGAAAACGUUCCUUUUUUGUACGAGAGAAAUCAAGUUGUUAUAAUAAAAAGUUAGUGAAACUGCGA